GUAUAUGAGUGUUGGAGAGUUGUUGGAGGACUCGCUGGACGUGUGCGACUCCUCUCCUGCCGAUUCUUUACUGAAUAUUCAGUUCUUGUUUCGUGCUACUUGAUGCCCAUCACCUAUCUGUUCGGCAUUUUCGCCAAUUCCAUCAAUGUCGUCGUUUUCUCACGGAAGACUAUCCAACGAGUAUCGAAUUCCUCGGCGGUGAAGGGAGUGAUCGUUUUUGCAGUCCUUUUCGCUUUCUUCUUCAACACCAGCCGAUGGUUCGAACUGCAAGCGGUGCCAUGUUACUCGAAAAGACAUGACAGGGAGUCGCUGGUGGUCUAUCCAACGGAUCUCAUGGUGAACAGCGUGUACACUGUAGUGUAUCGUAAUGCCGCUUACACGAUGGUGAUGUUCUUCCUGCCGUUCGCGAUCCUCACAUUCGUCAAUUUACGGAUCAUUGGCACACUCCGAAGCUCUAACCGGUUGAAUGCGUCGGAUGAUGACAAUGCAUCCGCGGAGAUGCGUGAAGGUGGAGCCAUUGCGGUUGACGCUGUGACCGUCUCAAACACGGCUUCAAAUGCUGUCACUACAGCCGCCUUACCUGUCAGUGGUUCCUCUCAAGUACCCAAUGAUCGGAAAGAGAACGGCGUGACGGUGAUGUUGGUGGCAAUAACAACCGAGUUCCUUCUGUUCAACCUGCUGGCGUUCGCCAACAAUGUACUUGAGCUGACCGGCGCCUACGGCCACACACAGUUGGAGACUCUUCUUGUGGAGGUGUCCGCUUUACUUGUAAACAUCAAUGGAGCUUCAACUAUAGUCAUUUAUCUAAUUUUUGGGAGCAAAUAUCGCGCCAUAUUCAUUCAGCUGCUACAACGGGUCGGUAUCAGGGUUUGCAAACCGCGGAAAAAGUCCAUGUAUGUCAGCCAGCCACAUUAUGAGACCACCCAACUGCUGGAUUCGAGAUAUGACGAUUUUUCGCGUACGAGGUGGAAGGGCCAUCGGACCAACGUCAGCGGCGAGGAACGCCCUCUCAAAACGAAACAUUCAAACGUAACGUGCUUACGAAGUCAUGUCAAUCUAUCUCAAAGUUAA